GCCCGUCGCUUUGGGAUUGCGCGGGCCAUCGCUUCCCCGGCCCGACCUGGAGCGAGUAAAAACGGAGUUGGUGGGGGGUGGGACUUCUCGGAAUCGGGAGCCAUCAUGCUCGUACAUAGAUGAGAUAGCGAGACUCUGCGAGAGAGAGAGGCCGGGCCUUAUCAGCAGCGCCAUCCCAUCCCUCGCCGUCCCCCCUUCUUCCUCCCCAGCUCGCCUGCCUGCCUGCCUGCCUGCCUUUAAUUCGCCACUCCCUCCCUCCCUCGCCGCCACGUCCGGCCUCUUCUCGAUCCCGCGCUCCCUCUUAGUACGUGUGGAGGCUUCGACCGAUCCGUAUCGCUCUCGGACGAGCAGCUGGCUACGCGCUAGCUCACGGGGAAAGCGCGCGGCGUCGUCGCAGUUGGUGGAGGGGGAGGCGCGUCUCUGCCGCAAAGCGCCGCCGUCGUCGGGGGCAAGCUUGUGCUGGAGUGGCGGUGGAGCUAGCGCUGAAGCCAAGGAGGUGUGAAGGGCGACCGAUCGACGGCAAAGCUGGCGGCCGGCAAGUGGUGGGAGCGGCCAGAUGAAGCGGCCAUGGCCGGGAUGGACCCCGGCGGGGGCAGCCCGGGCGCCGGCAGCUCGCGCUACUUCCACCACCUGCUCCGCCCGCAGCAGCAGCAGCCCUCGCCGCUCUCGCCCAACUCCCACGUCAAGAUGGAGCACUCCAAGAUGUCGUCGCCCGACAAGACCCCCGUGGGCGACGCGGACGCCGGCGGGAGCGGCAGCGGUGCUGGCGGUGACCAGCCGUCGUCGUCUGCCAUGGUCCCGGUCGACGGUGGCAGCGGAGGAGCCGGCAGCGGCGGCUCGGGCGGACCCACCCGCCGUCCGCGCGGCCGACCCGCGGGGUCCAAGAACAAGCCCAAGCCGCCCAUCAUCGUGACGCGCGACAGCCCCAACGCGCUGCACUCGCACGUCCUCGAGGUCUCCGCGGGGGCCGAUAUCGUCGACUGCGUCGCCGAGUACGCGCGCCGCCGCGGCCGCGGCGUCUGCGUGCUGAGUGGAGGCGGCGCCGUCGUCAACGUGGCGCUCCGCCAGCCGGGUGCGUCGCCCCCGGGCAGCGUGGUGGCCACGCUCCGGGGCCGGUUCGAGAUCCUCUCGCUCACCGGCACGGUGCUGCCGCCGCCCGCACCCCCUGGCGCCAGUGGCCUCACCGUGUUCCUCUCCGGUGGGCAGGGCCAGGUGAUCGGCGGCAGCGUGGUGGGAACUCUUGUCGCCGCGGGGCCCGUCGUCCUGAUGGCCGCGUCGUUCUCGAACGCCGUCUACGAGCGGCUCCCGCUGGAGGGGGAGGAAGAGGAGGUGGCGGCCGCCGCCGCUGGAGCGGAAGCGCAAGAUCAGGUGGCACAGUCAGGCGGGCCACCAGGGCAGCAGCCGGCGGCAUCACAGUCCUCCGGCGUGACUGGAGGCGAUGCUGGCGGCAUGUCGCUCUACAACCUUGCGGGCGGGAAUGUGGGGAACUACCAGCUUCCCGGAGACAACUUUGGAGCCUGGGGUGGCGGCGGUGGCGGAGUCAGGCCACCGUUCUGAUCCAUGUCUAGGCAGUGCAAUCCACAGUUCUACACUCACACGACGAAGACAUCACAGAAGUUUGAAAUGGCGGAGAAGCUAUUGAUAUCCGGUACAGAUGGAGAGCUUAUGCAUUGCUGGAUUGUUCAUUGGACUGACCUUGUGAUCUUGGUGCUAUUUACACGCAUGCGUCGCGCAUGCAUGCGUUGCAAAGAUUGGGUAUACAGGAGGGAGAUCUAUUGGCGAUCAUGAGGGGUAUACUAUGUUCAGGGAGCUGGUAGGAAGCUGAUUAUUCAAGGGACAAGAAACAGUUGGUCCAAGAUCAAAUUCGCAAUAAGUUGAAAGGUCAGUGAGAUCCAAUGUUUUGUUUUUCUAGCAACAGCGAGUGUUUUUCUUUUUUCUUUUUCCCUUCCUCUUCGUUUUCGUUUGUAAUGUUCUAUUCUAUGAUCUGGAUGUAUCUUGCUGUAGAAUGAUGUUCCUUGAAACUUUUGCUUCCCUUUCCUUUCCAUGGCAAAAAUAUCAUGCAUGCAUGCAUGGUCGCUUCCAGAGUUUCA